UGUUACGUCACACCUUUUAUGGAAGUUCAAACCUGUUCCAGAUCAUAUUAUGGAUCAUAAAUGUUCAUUCGCGUACUGAAGUGCGCCAUCUUGGCUAAAGCAAAAAGUAUUUGAGAUUGACGCUUAGUCAUGUUAUGUUCGUUCAGGAUAAAAUUAUAAUUUCCAGAUGUACAUGAAUACGUCUUAGGUCAGAAAUUCCCGCCAGUUGACGAAAGCAACUUGUUUGGCUAAAGAACAACAGGGGAGCUAACCUUAGCUUUUCUGCCACAAGUUAAUAUUACUGAAUAUUUCUUUGUCUUGUGAGUUGGCGAAAAAUUCGAGUAAGCGAACAGCUUUCAGUUCAUUUAGAAAGCUUAACAUAAGCUAGCUAACUUAGUUAAGGUUGGCUAAAGGCUAACUGAUCCAGGAAAAUAGGGAUACUAUAGUGAAAAUGAAAGCUGCUGAGGAUCAGGUUGUUGAAGAUGACGCUAGUUUCCAUGAUGAUGAGGAAUCCUUCUUCCAAGACAUUGACCUCCUGCAGAAGCAUGGCAUUAAUAUGGCAGACAUCAAAAAGAUGAAGUCAGUGGGUAUCUGCACUGUGAAAGGGAUUCAGAUGACUACACGCAAAGCAUUAUGCAAUAUCAAGGGCCUGUCAGAAGCAAAAGUGGAAAAAAUCAAGGAAGCUGCAGGGAAAAUACUGAAUGUCGGUUUCCAGACAGCCUUUGAGUACAGUGCGAAGAGGAAGCAAGUGUUUCACAUCACAACUGGGAGCCAGGAGUUUGACAAACUGUUGGGUGGAGGUAUAGAGAGCAUGGCUAUCACAGAGGCCUUUGGAGAGUUCCGCACAGGGAAAACCCAGCUGUCUCACACACUUUGUGUCACUGCUCAACUGCCAGGCGAGGAUGGAUACUCAGGCGGGAAAGUUAUCUUCAUUGACACAGAGCACACCUUUCGUCCAGACAGACUGAGAGACAUCGCUGACAGGUUUAAUGUGGACCAUGAUGCUGUGCUGGACAACGUGCUUUACGCACGGGCCUAUACCAGUGAACACCAGAUGGAGCUGUUGGACUUUGUAGCAGCUAAAUUCCAUGAGGAAGGAGGAGUCUUCAAAUUGUUGAUCAUCGACUCCAUCAUGGCUCUGUUCAGAGUGGACUUCUCUGGUCGAGGAGAGCUGGCUGAGCGGCAGCAGAAACUGGCCCAAAUGCUCUCCAGGCUGCAAAAGAUCUCUGAAGAGUACAAUGUAGCUGUGUUCAUCACCAAUCAAAUGACAGCUGAUCCCGGUGCGGGAAUGACGUUUCAGGCUGAUCCUAAGAAGCCCAUAGGGGGGCACAUCCUAGCCCACGCCUCCACCACGCGCAUCAGCUUGAGGAAGGGGCGUGGUGAGAUGAGAAUUGCUAAGAUAUUUGACAGUCCUGACAUGCCUGAAAAUGAGGCCACUUUUGCCAUCUCUGGAGGAGGAGUCACUGAUGCCAAAGAGUGAAAGAUGGAAAGAAGAGAGAGAUGUUAGCACAGUUUCCUGUUCCAGUCAGUUUAAAAGUAUUUGUAAUGGAUGCAAUUGUUUAUUACUAUAACUUUGCAUAACGUCUAGUGGUUAUGCUGACAAUUUUUGCACCAUUUGAUGUAUUUAUUCUAUUUCUAUGUGACUGUGGUAUUUUCUGGUUCUGAGACUUUAAAAUAAACAAAAAUAAAACAGCUUGUUGUCUCUUGUGUAUAGUUUAAUCUGGUGACACUGAGCUAGCUCAGUUUUUAAAUUGCAAGGAUGAUGUAUUUUUGUAGGCCAGCCCAGAAGGUAACAUCACCCUGGUUCCCUCACAAAAAGCCAAUGGGAUUUCUCCAGAUGCUAAUAAGUUCAGGGUCAAACAGUGGAGUGAUUAAUAAAAUUUAACGGGAUGGAGAUGUAGUAGGUCAAAGACACCAGAAGAUGGCAGUAAUGCAACGUGUUGGAUGCUAACUGCCAAUAAACGCCAAAGAACAAGAGGAGGAAGACGUAGCACUACUGGCCUCUAGCGGGGUUUGCAAGACGUGCAGCAGCUGUAGACUCCUUCUCGUCGGCUACAGGAUCCAUAUGCUUGCCAAAGCGAGGCUUAACAAAGCGAUGGGAACUUCACCAAACGUGCUGCUAAGAGUCUAAAA